CCGCACGCGCCUCAGCCUCAUUCACACGCCUGUGAUCGCGCGAAACGCUUUUCGAAAAUGCACAAGCGACAACGAACGCGCGUGAUGGCCGAACGUUCGUACCGUAAAUAUUGGCUGGGUGCCUUGUUGGUGUGUUUGAUGGUCGUGAAUGGAUUCGAAGCGUACACGGCCAAAGUGAUGACCAAGUACGGAGAGAUCCAGGGAUUGUGGAGCAGGAGCACCAGAGGGAGACUCGUGGCAUACUAUUUGGGUAUACCUUACGCUCAACCACCAGUCGGAGACUUAAGAUUCAGAAGUCCACAGCCAUGGAAUCGUACGUGGAAAGACACAUUCGAGGCAACGAAAAAUGCCCCCUGGUGCAUUCAAUUGGAGGAAAAUGAAAUAUUUGGAAGCGAGGACUGUCUUUACCUCAAUAUUUACGUCCCUGUGAUUUCAGAGAACCAAAAGGAGAACCAAAGGGAGAAUCGUACCCUUCCGGUAUUGGUGUACGUCCAUGGCGGAAGAUUCGUCACCGGAACGGCCGACAGCCGCGAGCUCUCACCAGUCUAUUUGAUGGACCAAGAUUUAAUCCUAGUAACAAUCAACUACCGUUUGAAUAUGCUAGGAUUCUUCAGCAUGGCGAGUAAAGUUAGUCCAGGCAACUAUGGUCUAAAAGAUAUCGUACUGGCAUUGCGAUGGGUAAACGAAAACAUCGACGCGUUCAAUGGGGACCCGAAACGCGUGACUUUAUGGGGUCACAGCUCCGGUAGUGCCGCCGUGCACAUGAUGGUCUUCAACAACAAAACGGAAGGACUGUUCAACAGGUACAUCAUGCACGGCGGAACCGCCGUCAGCGCUUGGGCUAUGAAUACGAAGAGCUGGUCAAGGAAGAUGGCGCUGCAGAUGGCCAAAUUAUUCGAUUGUCUUCCUAAAGAAGAAAAAGAGGAAGAGAAGAAAACGAUGACAAAAGUAAAUAACCAGAAUGAUAAGAAAGAUAAGAAGAAAGACAGAGUGCAGACCACGACCACCGAACCGGAAGUGACGACGAAAGAAAAAGAAAAUAGUAUAGAGGAUAAGGAGUAUACUGAAGAGGAAGAAGAGGAAAUUAUGUGGUGCAUGAGAAAUGUUAAUAUGAAGAGCAAGAAAAUGGCUGCUAUGUUGGAUUACUCCGGUUUUUUCUGGACUCCCUGCUGCAUUUUUGGACCGACUGUAGAGGAAGAGUCAGAGGACGCCGUACUGACUAUGCAUCCCCUAACAGCGAUGAAGUCUCGCCGAUUCAGGGACAUCCCAUUUAUUAUAGGAGUCACCAAGGACGAAGGUUUAAUGAAAACUAUGGCCGUCCUGUCAGACGAAAGCAACGAGAAGGAACUACUAAAUAAUUUCGAAAUGUUACUGCCCCCUAUGUUGGAAUAUACUCAGCUGAUUUCGAACACCACGGAGUUCGUCGACGCCAUAAAAGAAUUCUAUUUUGCUGGGAACGUGUCGGCGACAUUCAAGAAAAAUAUUACGCAGGUAACAUCCGAUGCUCUCAUUUUCUGGCCAACAUAUCAAACUUUGAAGUACCAGUCAGAAAUAAUGAAGUCGAGUACUUACUUCUUUUUGUUUGCCUACGAGGGUACUUUCAGCAGUACUUUCGCUACUGGACUUCCAAUUCGCUUUGGUGUCGCACACAUUGAUGAUUUAAAUUACUUAUAUCCAAAACUAAACCAUAUGUAUAGGGAUCACAUGUUACACAAUACUGAAAGCGAUAUUACCAUGAUCAAUAUAAUGACUGAAAUGUGGGCCAGCUUUGUAGCCAAUGGGGUACCAAAGGCUUGGAAUGUACGACCGUGGCCAAAUUACAAGAAUUCUCACAAGUAUCUACAAUUUGGAAUUAAUAAUCAACCAGACGUGGUAGUAAGAAAGAGGUUUCAUCCAGAGAGAAUGGCAUUUUGGGAAAAAAUAACUGCAGACAUGAUCUUUGACUCAGUGGAGGUCGAUUUUCUUAUCGAACUAGACAUUGAAUACGAAGCAUCGAGCAGUAUGUUCUUAGUAUUAAGAAAUUUAUGA